AUGAAAUUGAUUGUACUAACGCUCUGUUUCACCUGUACCGUUGCAGUAUCAUCAAGCACCGCUGCUCCGAAUGGACGCCAUUCAGGCGACGGUCAGGGUGAUAAUGCAGCUGCUGAUACCGACAACGAUUCCGAUGAAUUUUGUAUCGUUGAGCAGUACGGCACUGCUUCUCGAAAUGUCAACAAAGUGUUUUUGAAAACCGCAACCGGUAGAAGCCAGAACGAAACAGAAACAUCCAGCAGCAGUGAGAAUUACGAAACGGGCGAUGAACCUCGCGCUGAAUUUGUUGAGCCGUAUGGCAUUGCUUUCCGGAGUGUCGACAAAGUGUUUUUGAAAACCGAAACUGGUAGCAGCCAGGCGAAAGUGGAUAUGCUGCAACACUAUGAGUACGAUAAUGACGAUGAAGAUGAAUAUUACUAA